AAGGUGCUGAGGCACGAGGAGUUCGAGGAGGGCUGCAAAGCCAGCUGCAACGGCCCUUACGAUGGAAGAUGGAGUAAAACGAUGGUGGGAUAUGGGCCAGAAGACAAUCACUUUGUUGCAGAAUUGACUUACAAUUACGGUAUCGGAGAGUAUCGCCUGGGCAAUGACUUCCUGGGCAUAACACUUGUGUCUGGCCAGGCCGUGAGCAAUGCUAAGAAGAUGGGGUGGCCCCUCAAAGAAGUCACAGCUGGUAUUUUUGAAGCUGAAGCCCCAGGGGGUUACAAGUUCUAUUUGGAAGACAAGGAACAGCUCAAACAAGAUCCUGUGCUAAAGGUAACCUUGGGUGUCUCGGAUCUGCAGAAGUCUGUUAACUACUGGUCUGAUCUGCUCGGGAUGAAAAUAUAUGAGAAGGAUGAGGCCAAACAAAGGGCUCUGCUGGGCUAUGCGGAUAACCAGUGUAAGUUGGAGCUGAAGGCUGUUGGAGGAGCAGUGGAUCACGGGACAGCGUUUGGGCGGAUUGCCUUCUCCUGUGCGAAGGAAGAGUUGCCAAACAUUGAAGCACUGAUGAAAAAGGAGAAUCAGAAAAUUUUGACACCUCUGGUCAGCUUGGACACACCUGGCAAAGCCACGGUGCAAGUGAUUAUUUUGGCUGAUCCUGAUGGCCACGAAAUCUGUUUUGUGGGAGAUGAGGCGUUCCGAGACCUGUCCCAGGUGGAUCCUAAUGGUGACAAGUUGUUAGACGAUGCCAUGGCGGCGGACAACAGCGACAAAUGGUUUGCUGCGCAGAAAAUGAAGAAAGCAUCUGCUUAG